AUGAAGGCCACGGAUAAGCAGCAUCUGUUGGACGCCAAGCCCGGAGCCCGGUCUUACAUGGGGUCUCUGUGGCAGGAUGGGGCCAGCUGGAUUUCUGUGUCCCCACCUGACUCGGAGUUGCCAUCCAUUGAGCUGGCUGUGGAGAGCAACCACUACUGUCAUGCCCAGAAGGGUCCUGGCAGGCGCUGUGACCCCAAGAAGGAGCGGGCCACUCGCCAGCUCUAUGUAGCUUCUGCCAUCUGCUUGGUGUUCAUGAUUGGAGAAAUUAUUGGUGGGUACCUGGCACAUAGCUUGGCGAUCAUGACCGAUGCAGCCCAUCUACUCACUGACUUUGCCAGCAUGCUCGUCAGCCUCUUCUCUCUCUGGAUGUCCUCCCGGCCAGCCACCAAGACCAUGAACUUCGGCUGGCAGCGAGCUGAGAUCCUGGGAGCCCUGCUCUCUGUGCUGUCCAUCUGGGUCAUGACUGGGGUACUGGUGUACCUGGCGGUGGAGCGACUGAUCUCUGGGAACUAUGAGAUCGAGGGGAAGACCAUGCUGAUAACGGCGGGCUGCGCUGUGGCUGUGAACAUCCUAAUGGGGUUGACUCUUCACCAGUCUGGCUACGGGCACAGCCAUGACCAUGGACACAGCCAUGACCCCAGCCAGCAGCAGGAGAGCCCCAGUGUCCGAGCUGCCUUUAUCCACGUGAUAGGAGACUUGCUGCAGAGCCUGGGCAUCCUGGUGGCGGCCUAUAUUUUGUACUUCAAGCCUGAGUACAAGUAUGUAGACCCCAUCUGCACCUUCCUCUUUUCCGUCCUGGUCCUGGGGACGACCUUGACCAUCCUGAGAGACGUGAUCCUGGUGCUCAUGGAAGGGACGCCCAAGGGCGUGGACUUCACAGCUGUUCGGGAUCUGCUGCUGUCGGUGGAGGGGGUGGAAGCCUUGCACAGCCUGCACAUCUGGGCGCUGACCGUGGCUCAGCCUGUGCUGUCUGUCCACAUCGCCGUCGCUCAGAACACAGAUGCCCAAGCUGUGCUGAAGGCAGCCAGCGCUUGCCUACAGGGGAAGUUCUACUUCCACACCAUCACCAUCCAGAUCGAGGACUACUCUGAGGACAUGAAGGACUGUCAGGCAUGCCAGGGCCCCUCGGACUGACGGCCUU